ACUAUUUGCCAUAGGAGAGGAAGAAUAAGAAGAUCCUCCCCAAGCCCUAUCAAAUCAUUCAGAACGCAACAAACAGAGAAGAAGGAGACGAGGACCAAGACGAAGAAUGCUGAGAAUUGCAGGGAGGAGGCUUUCUUCUCUAUCCUGGGGGACUUCGCAGUCAUCUCCAGCAGCUGCCUUUCUCUCUCGAAGCCAUGACCUAUCGUCCAGAUCCGAACCGUCCCAAAACCCCUCGCCUUCUCUGCCUCCGCAGUUCCGGUUUCCUACCAGAGGAUUUUCUUCUGAGGCCUUGACACCAACACAUGAUAUGGGUAUGGUCCCAGACCUUCCAGCAACUGUGGCAGCUGUGAAGAACCCAACAUCAAAGAUUGUAUACGAUGAGUAUAAUCAUGAGCGAUAUCCACCCGGUGAUCCUAGCAAGCGUGCUUUUGCAUACUUUGUUUUGUCAGGUGGUAGGUUCGUCUAUGCAUCCUUGAUCCGUCUUUUGGUCCUCAAGUUUGUCCUGAGUAUGUCAGCUAGUAAGGAUGUCCUUGCCCUUGCUUCCCUCGAGGUUGACUUAUCCAGCAUUGAGCCUGGGACGACUGUUACUGUUAAAUGGCGUGGUAAGCCAGUGUUCAUCAGGCGCCGUACUGAAGAUGACAUUCAGCUGGCCAACACUGUUGAUUUGGCUUCCCUCCGUGACCCGCAAGAGGACUCUGCAAGAGUUAAGAAUCCGGAGUGGCUUAUUGUAGUUGGAGUUUGUACUCAUUUGGGGUGUAUCCCAUUGCCAAAUGCUGGUGAUUUUGGUGGUUGGUUUUGCCCGUGCCAUGGUUCACACUAUGACAUUUCUGGCAGGAUUCGCAAGGGACCGGCGCCAUACAAUUUGGAGGUGCCUACUUACAGCUUCUUGGAGGAGAAUAAGUUACUGAUUGGUUGAGAAAUGCUGAUUGUGACUGUAUGUUGAAGGCUGUUGUUACUGCUGAAAUGCAUGCUUAUUCUUUUUGUUCUUCUAGCAAGCAAAAAUAAGACGAGUGUCUUGCCUUUUCGGGUUUCAUUUUAUCUUGCAAUUAGACCUGUUCGAUUUGCAUUACAAUUUUGGAUACUGGAUCUUUGCUGCCAGUUCUGGUUAGCAUCUUUUUGGAAUAAUUGAACUGGAUUACACUUGUUUUUUUA